AUGCAGCAGGAAUACCCUCAAGGGAGGCCUGAUGCGGCGUGUGUGCCGCAUGCAAGGGGAAGCAAAGACAGAGAGCACCAGGACUUACCGACAUCUGCAUUCUCUGUCGAACUCACCCCUGCAUACUCCAUCACAAAGAAGCCACAGACAAACCAGCAGCAGGAGCAGGAGCAGCAGCAACAGCAGCAGCAGCAGCAGCUGUUUCAGGAGGAAGAACAGCAGCAGCAACAGCCGCAGCAACAGCAGCACCAGCAGGAACAUUCUGCUGUUCCCUCUGACUCUGGGGCUGCGCUUAUAAGACCAGCUGAAGCAGCAGAAGCUGCUGCCCCUGCUGCUGCUGCUGCAGCAGCAGCAGCAGGUGAAGGAGGAAGAAGAGAACGGAGCGACGGCAGCAGCAGCAAAGGAGCAGCAGCAUCAGGACAUUUACAUCUAUUAAAAGACAUCUGGGGAGAAGAAGAAGCAGAAGAUAAAGAUAAAGAAAGUAAAAAAGAAGCAGAAAAAGGAGCGUGUCCGCGUUUUAAAACAGAGGUGGAUAUUGUGUACUAUCAGUCUGGCAA